UAGAGCUUGAAGAUAGGGUUCAGCAAGGAAAACCAAGGGGCUUCAUGGUUCAACCACUUGAUUUUCUUGACGAGCCGAACUCCAAGGCUGUCUGCUUUAGGAUUAGGGAAGAGUACAGACAAGUUGAAACCACAUAGAAAAUGUGAGAGAGCGGCUGACGGUAGAGCCAGAGGGCGCUGAACCAAAAGACCCCACCCCCACCCCCGCACCCCGCCCACUCAACUGACUCCCGGAUUCGAAAUUCUUUAGUAUCCAGGUGUUUCAGAAUCUCUUGGGAACGCGAACUCUCCGUGCGGCGCACUGCGGUCACUAGCUAGCCCGCCCUGUAGGAGGCGGUGCGCCAAGGAAAGGGCGUCCCCGCUGGAUCCAGGGGCAGGCGCUCCACUUGCCGCCAUACAGGGGGCGCCAGGCCGAGGACGGGGCUCCCACCAGGCCUUGCAGCCUCAUUCAGAGCCCAGAGCUCUGAUGCACCACGCGGUGUGAGGAGCGGGUCACCCCAGUCUUCGUUAAGGGACUCGUGGGUGUGAGGGCAAGGAGGCGAACCCCAGGACUGAGCUAGGGCUGAAGGAGGACUGCGGAGCCGAGAGGCGGAUCGGUUUAGCGGCCAUCGCUCACCACAGCUGCAGCGUCUCUGCAGACUAGGCCGCGGAGGUCAUGGCCUUGGACCUCGGAGAUCCCAGGAGCGGUUUUCGCCACAGCGACGUAGUUACGUUCAUCAACCAAGAAGUACUCCGAAAUGGCGGCGGCUCAGAUUUCUACGUGAGCUACCGCUCGCGGCCCUGGAAUGAGAUCGAGGACGAGCUGCAGUCCGUCUUGGCCGACACGCAUGUGCCUCGCAACCUCAAGAGGGCCUGUGCCUGGAGCGCGCUGGCCUUGGGCGUGCGGGUGGCCACGAGGCAGCGAGAGCAGCAGGCCCGCCGCAUCCAGCGGCUGCAGGAGCAGGUGGAGGAGCGCGAGACGGCUGCCUGGGCCCUGGCCUCGCAGCUGCAGCGCCUGCGCGAAGAGCGGAAGCAGAUGAUCAUGCAGUUGCGCCGCACGCGCCAAGACCUGCAGCAGGCGCUGAGCGAGCGCGAGGCCCUGCGCGGGCAGCUGCUGCAGGCCGAGAGGCAGUCCCAGGCGGCCGUAGUCAGCUCUCGAUCCCCGCAGCUCCGGGCUGACACGUGGCCCCUGACCACUGAGGAGCGCAACAAGUUGCUGGCCGCGACCUCGCAGCGCAGGCAGCUGGAGGCCCAGAGGGAGGAGGCGCAGAAUGCUUCGGCAGGCAGUGUGCAGGGAGCCCAGGAUCCCUGGGUCCAGGUUGUUCAACCCCCAGCUCCCAUGCCAUGCCCCAUGCACAUGCCGUGCCCCAUGCCCUUCCAAUUCCCACUACCUCCCCCACGUAGGGUACUCCCAGAAGCCCAACUAGCCGCUGCCCCCGCAACAGCAUACCCGGCCCCCCAGAUGCCUGCUGGGGUGAUGUAUGCACCUGCUAUGUGGCCUGUAGUUGUGUCCCAGGAAGAGGUCGCCCCGCCGUGGGACCAGAGGAUCGAGGGCCAAGGAGAAGGUCCCCACUUUGGAAACCCUGUGGGGCACUUCCAAGAUGGCCCAACGAAUCAACAACCUCAGGAUCAGCUGCCCAGGACGCCAGAUGGUGGUGGACUGUUGAUGGAGACUACCAAUUGAUUGACACCUUAAGCUCCAGGACCUCCGUGUGAGGCUGAAGAAGGUCCAGCUCCCCAUGUGUGAAUUGCCACAAAAUGCCCUUCCAGCUCGCAGCAACCUUCGCCUUAGAUCUCAGCUGACUGGAGCAGAAAAAAAGAAUGAAGAAUCAGAGGAAAGAAGACAUUCUGACACACAUCUUGUAACAAGGGAGGGCAGACAUUUUGUUAAGCUUAAUGCGUCUGUUGAGGAAAAGGGAAUGACAGAGUUUCAAAGAGGGGUGGGAGGGUAGUAUUAAGUUUUAGGGAUUUAGCAAGUUUGUCAAAUUGCAUUCAUUAACUCAUUGAACAAGCAGUUAUUUAUUGUCUAGUAUGUACUAAGAAUUACUACUGUAUGUUGUUAUCUGGUGCACACAUUUUAACUCAAUUGGAGGAAAUAGGCUACAUGACAGGAGAGAGCCUAAUUUGGCAUACCAAUUAUAUCAGGUAUGACUUCUUUGCCUUACAUAUAGUGUGGCUUUUAAGUAAACCCAAUUGAAAUAAAGUCAAGAUUCAUUUCUACAAUUCUGGGGGCAAAAUCAAAAAGACUUUCGUGGAAGAAUUUGAAUGACUGAACUGCUCAUCACAUUAAUCCCAGUGGAAAUAAAUGAGCAGGGGCAUAUAUUGUAGCCUCACAAAAGUACAAGCAGGACUUUUCUCAUACUCCUGCUGAUUCCCCCCUGAGAGGGACAACUAUUUUCCUGGUUUUCUGAAAGACCACUGGGUUGUCUUGCUACACACUCAAGCCCUCAGCCUCAGGCUGCUCCCAUCCCAAGCCCUUUUUCAGUCAAGAGUAGAUGAAUAAACUGUGUUUUCUGGGACAUUCAUUGUGCUAUGAAUUGUGCUUUCUUGAACUAGAUUAAAAAUAGAACUGAACUGGGAUAGGCACUCUUGAGAACGCCCCUGGGCCCUUCUCUUCCACUUGGUGUCUUCAGGUGCUCUGCUCCCCUGAGGCGGCUGCUGCAAUCCAGAGGGAGCCAAGGUCUGCCCAGAGACUGGAAGUCAAUUCAGGCUCCAGUCUGAACAAGAGGUGUCCUCGAGUUCCCCCAGGAGA